ACUAUGAUGCUGCGACUAUUGGGUCGCAGAUGGUUUGCAGAGUUAAUUUGCAGUGAAAAAUGUCUGAAAUUAGUUAAUUGUACGAUCUGUAUUGUACCUUUUAUAAAUUAUUACACGUCGCAGGAUUCAUGACUAGAAAUAUUUUAUAAAUCUAUAGGCGGAUGCUUCCUUGAAUGCCAGUUGUGUGUGUGCGUGUGUGUAUUAAAGAAUCCGUUAGUAUAGUAAUCUCCUAUAAAUUUCAUUAGUCAACUCUUGCUCCCUCUAGGACGAGUCAUUAACUGUCAUUUCUUUAACCGAUUAAGUGGAAACUAAUUAACUAAUGCAGGGCCAAGAAGACGAAGAAAAUGUCAUCAUCAAACUCUCCAUGUGCAGCUUGCAAGUUACUCCGGAGAAAAUGCACACAGGAAUGUGUAUUCGCCCCCUAUUUCCCACCGGAUCAACCUCAAAAGUUUGCAAAUGUUCACAAGGUUUUUGGCGCAAGCAAUGUAGCUAAACUGCUUAAUGAUUUACCUGCAGUACAGCGGGAAGAUGCUGUCAACUCUCUGGCCUAUGAGGCUGAUGCUCGUCUCCGGGAUCCUAUUUAUGGAUGUGUGGGAUUAAUCUCCAUCCUCCAGCACAAGCUGAAGCAGGUACAGAUGGAAUUGUAUAAUGCCAAGAAAGAGUUAUCGACUUACAUUGGGCCGUCUGCAAUGUUGCCUAUACUCCCUGCUCCAGGAAAUUUCAUUCCUCCAUACCAACAUCAGCAACCGUCUCAGAUGAUGCCAUACAAUAUGCAAGCGGCUCAAAUGAUGGGGGGAUCACCACAAAAUGUGGUGAAUCCUAAUCCACUAGUGAUCCAACAACAGCAGAACUAUCAACAAAUUAUGGAGGCUCAGCAAGUAGCAGCAGUGGUGGCGGCUGCUAGAGAACAGGAAAUGUUGAGGAGUUAUGAGCAGCAACAGGCCGUCCUGACACAACAGCAAGGACGUCACUCUGAUCAGGUGAGGUAUGAUGCAACAGGCCAGGGCACGGACCAUGCUCGUGGUGCUGUGUUUAAUCACAUGGGUGUUUCAGCCGGGAUGGCACCUGCAUUGGGUUUGGGUUCGUUUGAAGGUUCUUAUCAGACUCAGCAACACACACAAAAUGAUCAGCCUCAUCAUGAACUUCAGGCCACACAAACUUUUCUUGAGGAACAGCAGCAGCAAGGUUUGGCACUGGCUCAACCCCAGCAGUUGGAUCCAACACAGCAGCAGCAAGGUUUGGCACUGGCGCAGCCCCAACAGUUGGAUCUACAGCAGCAGCAGCAGCAGCAGCAACAGCUUCCGCUUCAGCAGCACAGAGAUGGAAGUGAAGAGGAGGAGUGAAGCAUUGGUCCUCUGUGAUACUUUCCAACACUUUUUUGGUUAGUUAGCUGACUACUUCUGUCGUGUGUAAGCCAAGCGUGCAGCGGAAAAAAGAGAAAGAAGGAGAGAUAUUCACAUCUGAGAGAGUAAAGGUUGUAAUUCAGUGAGUAGCUAUCUAGUGUUUGUAAAUUUACAGUAUUUUUUGGAUAUUGAACAUGCAAACUGUAUUACGUACUAAGCUCAAGGAUAUCGCAUUCUUCUAGUGUUGGUGUACAACACUAGAAACUGGUGUCACAUGAAAUUAAUGGCAGAAGAGAAGUAUGUAUGAGAAAAGAGUCAAGAAACCGAUAGACUCCAGAUUUGAAGGAUAUUAGUUCCAAGUAGAAAUGAGCAUUCAUCCCCAAAUGUGUUAAACUGACCUCUUAUUCCAACGCGUAAUGAAAUAGUUGAAAGUUUAUUUACCCAAAUAUUAGAUAUAUAUUUUUUCUCUUUUGACCAUAUCGCUGGACCAAGAGGCCAUUGGUUUAGAUAUAUUUUACUUGAUGAUUGAACAUAUCUACUUGCAAGUAAAGC